AUGACAAACAAGCUCGUCGGUCUGUCGGAGAUUCAACUCUCGUUGGGCUCCAAUGUCUUUGCCCUCAAUGCGAAAACAGGUCCCACACCCCUGACGAAGCAUUUCAACAUGCUAUGGACCCAAACCACAAGAUCCCCAGACACUGCUACAAUUUGUCGUGCCAUGUUGCAAUACGCAAUCCUGAGCAAUGCAAUGACACGACUGGUGCUGCAUAAACAUCCUGCGAUACUCGCCAGCCCAACACUCUUAUCCCUGGAUCCUCCAUCAAAAAGCCCAAACACGUCAAACAUUCCUUCUAUGACCGACCUGCUAUCAAGGUCUCAUUCAAUCUUCAUGCCUCUAAUUCAAAAGACACCCGAAGAAGAUGACAAGUCUCCUGGAGCUACUUCAACUCAACACUCAGGAGUAGGCAGACAAGAACUGACCAAGUCUGGUGUUGCAAUGUUUGUGGGCUUCCCUGCCAAGGAAAAAGCUCCAAAGAACAACGCUGCUAUCGAUGUACUGACAGAUAUCGUCCUGAAACACAUGGAAGCCAAGCUUGAUCCAUUGAUGGAUAUCCUUAAGGGCAAGAUACUGGAGGAGACCGGCUGA